CCAUCUUCAUCAUCAACACCAAAUCAAAAGUUGUAGAUCUAAUUCCACGGAAUCAAAGGAUUGCGACAUCUCAGGGAUCGGAAUCGUUGAAUUUGAAGGUUUUCCACAAGAAUCGAAAUUGACGAUCGAUGGCGACGGCGGGAAAUUUGAAAGUUCUUAAUGCUCUUGAUGGCGCCAAAACGCAAUGGUAUCAUUUCACUGCCAUUGUCAUCGCAGGGAUGGGAUUCUUCACAGAUGCUUACGAUCUCUUCUGUAUCUCUCUCGUUACCAAAAUGCUCGGCCGCAUUUACUACACUAAACCAGGCGCAAUUAAGCCCGGAAGUUUACCGCCCAAUGUUUCAGCCACCGUCAACGGGGUGGCUCUCGUCGGAACCCUCGCCGGCCAGUUGUUUUUUGGGUGGCUUGGCGAUAAACUUGGACGGAAAAAGGUUUAUGGUAUCACACUUAUGCUUAUGUGUCUCUGUUCCAUUGCUUCCGGUUUGUCUUUCGGAAGCAACCCAAAAAUGGUCAUGGCUACGCUUUGCUUUUUCCGGUUCUGGCUCGGAUUUGGGAUCGGAGGCGAUUACCCGCUCUCCGCCACCAUAAUGUCGGAGUAUUCGAAUAAGAAAACUCGUGGCGGUUUUAUUGCGGCGGUUUUCGCAAUGCAAGGGUUUGGGAUCUUAGGGGGCGGGGUGUUUGCGAUAAUCGUGUCUUCGGUGUUUGAUGCUCGGUUCAAAGCUCCGUCAUACGAGGUUGACCCGGUGAAGUCGACGGUUCCUGAAGCGGACUAUGUUUGGAGGAUUAUUCUCAUGGUUGGAGCUCUUCCGGCUUUACUUACUUUUUACUCGAGAUCAAAGAUGCCGGAAACCGCCCGUUACACUGCCCUUGUGGCGAAGAACGCGACCAAGGCGGCUUCGGACAUGUCGAAAAUCUUGAAUGUCGAGAUCGAGUCCGAUCAACAAAAGCUCGACGAGAAAUCCAGAAAUAACGAUUUCGGUCUUUUUAGCAAGGAGUUCGUCAAGCGACACGGGCUACACUUGCUCGGAACCACCACCACUUGGUUUCUUCUCGACAUCGCAUUUUACAGUCAGAAUCUGUUCCAGAAAGACAUAUUCACCGCCAUCGGUUGGAUUCCUCCGGCGAAAACAAUGAACGCCAUCGAAGAAGUUUAUAGAAUCGCAAGAGCACAAACACUCAUCGCUCUUUGCAGUACCGUCCCCGGCUAUUGGUUCACGGUGUUCUUGAUCGAUCGGAUCGGAAGAUUCACGAUUCAGAUAAUCGGUUUCUCGAUGAUGACGAUCUUUAUGUUCGCACUAGCGUUCCCUUACAACCACUGGACUCGACCAGAAAACAAUAUCAAAUUUGUGGUGAUGUACUCGUUUACUUUCUUUUUUGCCAAUUUCGGUCCCAACACCACCACCUUCGUGGUCCCCGCAGAGAUCUUCCCGGCUAGGUUUCGGUCGACUUGCCACGGUAUCUCAGCGGCAUCGGGAAAACUCGGAGCAAUGGUGGGUGCUUUCGGGUUCUUGUAUCUGGCUCAGAAUCGAGAUCCAACCAAGACCGAUGCCGGCUAUCCAGCUGGCAUCGGAGUGAAAAACGCCCUGAUUGUGUUGGGUGUGGUUAAUUUUCUGGGAACUUUGUGUACUUUCCUAGUACCUGAAUCGAAAGGGAAGUCGCUCGAGGAAAUGUCCGGCGAGACCGAAAAGGAAACCACCGAUUCACCGCUGUAGGCUUAGCUAGAACAGUGUGUAUCGAGUACCAUUAAUCCAUUGCAAUCCACAAGAUUUUGGAAGUUUAUAAUAACAAUCUUGUUAUCUUUCUACUUUCCGAACUUGUUAUUACCAUGUUUACACGCAUUUUGUAUGCAGUACAGGACGAGGCAUGACAGUACGAAAAGUUGUCAUCUCACAUUUGGCACAAUAUUAAACUGGGAUAUGAGAAGACCACAUU